UCAUGUACAGAUGGGAAUGUCAACGCCAAGAGAAAUCUUUAUCAGUUCCAUAAAAUGAUUGAAUGCUCUACCAACCUAUCAUCCUACCAUUACCAUGACUACGGUUGCUACUGUGGUUACGGAGGAGGUGGCAACGCAGUGGACGAAACUGACAUGUAAGGAAAAAAAGACAAAAAUUCCGUGAACUGCAGUCAGUUAUAGGCCCAUCUACCUUUAAACCCCAAUAUACACAUACAAAUUCUCCACACUUAUAUUCAUACAUUUCCUUAGAGAUAAUUUGAGAGAGUUUAAUAAAAGAUCAAAGCAUUUUCUCUUUGUUGAACAUUUGAUUAAUUCUCAUAACCUUAUCUCUUGACAACGUAUGGAUAUUGCUAGGAGAAAUUUGAUGUUGAUCACUAUUGAGACUUAAAGGGUUAAACCCCCGGCUGUAAGCCCCCCUCCAAAUGCAUUAAAGUGAAUACGAUUUGUUAUGACGUAUUGAAGCCUAAACAAAAACCAUUAGUGCAAAAUGUGUUUUGAUCAAUGCUGCCAUAGCCCGUAUCAAGGACUCUUUCCUAUUUCUGUUAAAAGCCCCACCCUGGGAUACAGGUCUCUCUGUAAGCCCUCAUAAAACCCCUAACGAAGAUGUAUUAGUCCAGGGCUUAUAAGUUGCAGUUCAUGCCAGGGUACUUUGUUUACUAGUAAACAUGGGGAAAAACUAAUUCUAUUGUUCUUUAAACAGCUUAAUUACUUUAAAAGAAAAGGAAGGAAGAGAAACAUUAAACUAGAAACUAGUUAAAAGCCGGGUGUUUUUAAAAAGGUAGAGAUAUGCACCUGUAUAAAAAAUCACAUUAUUAUGUUCAAAUAACUUUAUUUCCUUAUAUCUCUUGAUUUCUUGAACGAAAGUUGCUAUGUUUCAUGUAGAGCUGCAGCAUAUUUCGUCUGUUAAACUUAGUGUUCCAAAUCAUGAGCACCGCAUCAAUCUGUGAGGGUGCUUCGUUGUUUAUAUACUAAAAACUGUCAGUGAAUAUUUAUUGUUAAUGACCACUACACCCUUUUGUCUCGAAGUUUACUCUAUAUAUUCCUAUAGCAAAAGCCAUUGGGUGUGAAGAAAGUGAGUCAGUGAAUGUAACUUAUUUUUUAAAAGUUAGGUGCUAGGUUUGCAGAAGCCAUUGGAUGUAGAAACAUUGAGUGAUUCAGUUUUCCUUUUUUUUCAAACUUAUUUAGGUGCUGUAAGAUUCACGACGCAUGUUACGAAGCCAUAUCAAACCACCCAAAUUUGUGUUCCUUCGAAUCCAGUGUUUAUUGGAAAAUAUACUCAAGAGACAACAGUUGCACAGGCUGCAGUAAGUUUUGUUUCUGUUCAAAAGUCAUUUGUGGUCUCCGUAUAAUCAUUUACGACGUUGUAAACACGCGCUCAAGGAACUACCCUCUUUAUUGUGAUCUGCUAUGACCUAUGAUCUGCUCUCUCCAAACCCACUAAGAGGGUCCCCAAUGGGGUUCUUCAAUCCCGUAAUCCUUACCCAAAAUUUCGUGCAAUCCCGUAAUCCCGAGGGUUAUUUGGGGCAUUCUAACUCGCGCAUACUUUCAGUCCCAAAUCUUGCCAGAUUUUGCUUUAAAAUCCCGAAUUCCGAUCUUCAAAUAACAAGGGAAAUCCUGGAUCCCGAGAAACCUAUUGGGGACCCUCUACUAAAUAUUAAAGCAAAAUUCGAAAAAAGUAAAAUUGUAUUACCGCAGCCCGUUGGUUAGAUGACUUGACAAUCGAAUGCAAACCGCGGCAUUUUAUAAAGCUAUCCGAGUAUGUGUGUGUAUGGUGAACCAAAGAAUUUUAAUUUCCGUUUAACUUAUUCGUUAACGUUUGAUAGUAUCUCGACCACUAUGUUUAUAAAUAGUACAAUUUUUGCAAUAACUGAGAGAAUCCUCGCGCGCUGAUUGGUCGAGACCUAUGGUGUAUAAGAGUAUAGACCAUGGAAAUGAGGCAACAUGUCACCCAGUGUCGGUUGCGUUUUUUUUUUUUUUUUUGGUUUUUUCGUAAAAAAAUAAUAAAUGUAUUUUUUUUUUUUUUUUUUUGGUUUUUUCGUAAAAAAAUAAUAAAUGUUAUUGUAAAAAACAAAUCGACCACAAUUUUUCAUGGUCUACCUCUUAUAGCCCACAGAAAUGACGCCAUAAAUUGUUUAUGACGUCAUUUCUAUGGUAUAUGAGAGUGUAGACCAUGGAAAAUUGUGGUCGAUUUGUUAAAUCUGUUUACCAUAAACCCUUUAAAACGGUAAAGUGUCCUCUAAAACAGAUCAGUGAGAGGUUUCCCUUUAACGCUUCAGCUCUGCACUUUGAACUAAGAGAAAGGAGAAAUGUUAGAGACGUUUAUAUAGUGGGGGCAGAAACUUGCCCCUACCCCCACUCCAACAAUAUAUUUAAAACCUCUACUAACUUUUACGACUUUGUGGUGCUUAACUUCAUUAAUUUUCAAUCUAACUGAAAUCUAGUAACUUAACCAAUUUUGAAUUAUAAGACCCUCUUUAGAGCUGUUUUGAUGAAUUUUAGCCAACUGGUCCGUCUCAAAAGUUCCUAAAACCGUGAAAGCUUCUAUCAUUGAUGAGUUUUUUUACAUAGAAGUCCUUUUUUUCAGUUCUUGGAACUGACUCUGUCCUUUCUUUUUUGUUUGUCCUCCCUAUAGCUGACGAAGAAGGGACAUGUGGCCGUGCCAUUUGCGAUUGCGAUGGAGUAGCGGCCCGUUGUUUUGCGCAAGCACAGUACAAUUCAGAAAACUUUAACUACCCGCAGGAAAAUUGCUGAAUAUCCUCCAGUCAAACAGGAAUGUCAAAUUGAACAAGACAACGGGAUACGUACUUAUAUCGCUUCUUAAAUAUUAAGCAACAUGGGUGUAGUUUAAAAAAAAACUUGCAUUAAACUUCGUAUUCUUAAGACAUAGCUAUAAAAUAGCUAUUGCAAUAGUGUAUGUACUUGUAUUGGUCCUGCAAAUAAAGCUUGUUGUUGUAGUAUACUAAGAUUAAAACUCUGAUAAAAUCAAACUAUAGAUAUGCUUUAUACCUUUUCUCCUUUUGAAAUUAUUAACAUAACCUCAACCCCCGGUGCUGCUUUGCCUGAGCUGUUUACUCGGUAAAAAAAAAAAACAAUAAACUUCAACUGGACUAAAUCGCGCUAUAUGCACGAAACCCGUAAACGCAUUUAUUAUUGGGCUGCCUGUGGCCAAUCGAAAAAUAAGUCGCAUCUAUGUCGAAAAAAGACAAAAUGGCGGACGAUCUCCGAGAAGGCGUUGCUUGUCCUAUUUCCCUUGCAGUGCAACCGACUUUUGAGGGGAGAGGGUCCCUGCGUUUUUACCAUGAAUUCAACGGCCUCCUCCUGGGGACGAGGUUGCCCUGAAUUUUCCAUUCAUUGAAAGCCGCAACGAGUGAUUUUUUAUAGUUUGUACUCAGUUUUGGAGCAGCUAUAAACUCAGCGUUGAAAAUAUUAGACCACUGCAGCCCAAAACACGGGUAGUAUAGGCGUCUUAUUUAAAAUACAUUUCAAUCAAAUCCUUGAAGCAGGGUUUAGCCAUGUAAAAGUGAGGGGCACUAAAACGCAUCCAAUAGCUAACUAUAGAUAAAGGAGUGGCAGGGAUAAGGGGAGGUGAGAAUUAAAAGAGAUAAACUCGAACUAUGCUUUUUUCAUAACUGCACAAUUGAAAAGAAAACCUGUGGAGAAAUUGUCGUUUGCAAUUUGUAAUCUAUAGCUGAUGGUGAAGCAGAUAUGAUUUCCGAACUGAUUGCUUACAAAAUGUCGAUGCAUUGACACCAGAAAGGGGUUUCAAGCCCGGGUGGGUACUCAACAAAAGUUUGUUCGGGGAGGUUCCGCCUCGAGGUCCAAUUCCUUACCCUUUCAUGUACCAUUUUUGACAGAACACGGUACUCCUUUCCUGUACCUUUUUUUUGACAAAUGGCAAAUACCUCAGUUUUACUGACAAAUGGCACCCAUUUCAAAUACUUGUGUAGAGCGCAGCAUCCAUUCUAACUGUUGUCAAUGCAAGGUCUUUUACAUAUGAAUAAAUCACUAAACCAGAAAGUUAUCUGGCUUUUUCCGCAGGCAUAAAAUGCGCCUGAUAGUCGUUUCAGGUCCGCUCGCAGACCGUAAUGACAGUGUAGGGAACCCCCUACCUUUUUAUAUACCUGAGGCCCGAAAAAGGUACCGCUUUCGGGUGGGGCCUCCCUGGUAGGGCAUUUUAGGGAGUACCCCAGGGUAUCAGGUUAGAAAAGUUAAUUAAGCAACCACUAAGGAGAUUUCUACAGCCAUGUUUGCAGGGCCCUUUUCUUCCUCCCUUAAGAGAGGACCCUGAUCCCGUCAAGUUACAUCCAAGCUGUGGCACUAUCGAUCUGAUUCUCCCCAAUUACCCGCUCUUUAUUUCGCUACCGUGAUGUCUUCUUGUCAAGAGGAAAGAGUGUCGCGCGAAAAAUGUUUACAGCGCAUCGAGGUAUGCAGUUGCUUCUAAAAAAACCAGUCGAAUUAUCCUAGUUCAGGUCUUUCCAUGGUCGUUUUGAUACAAGUUGAUUUAGUCAAGGAGUAAAUAGUUUCACGUCCUUGCCUUAGAGAAGGAGAAAUAUUCACCCCAAAUGUUUCUGGUCUCUCCCAAUUUAUAGUUGAAGCGAUCGAAAUUGUUGUAGUUUCACUGGUUGAUUUCUUGUAUCGAAAUGAACGAUUUCCCUAAUGGUGCUUACUUACACAGGGGGCACAGGUGCUUCUUACACUGUAGGAGGCAAUAAUUUUGCCUAUUGGUAGAACAAGUAACUGAUGAUUAGUUUAAGUUUUAUAAGCACGUUCAAAUUCAUUUGAUUUCUUCUCACUGACAGUCUCUGUAACGUGGGGGAGGUUCUCAUAGGAAAGGAAAAGAAGUGGAUGUGCUCGUCGGAUAAUUGGAGUAAAUAUCCUAAAGGAAGGAAAACUAGGCGUGGUUCAUUCUUUCCUUGAAGACUGAAAUAUACCAUUGUAAAGUAGACAGCCAAAUAAGAGCUAUAGUAAUCUCAAAUCUGAUAAAUAAACUGUCAUUGAAUGCUUUCUUUUUUUUUUUUCUUUCCUUCUGUUUCUUUAUUGCUUAAAGUAGAGUUCUAAGCGAUGCUUGUGUGCGUGAAAAUAUUGACCUUCCAUCUUCAACACCCUAGGUGACAGCAAAAGCUGCAAUUUAUGUUCAUAAAUACCGAGUAUCCCAGCCCUUUUAACACAGCGGCAUCAUUGUCUCAACCAGUCCAAGCUUGGUAUUCACUAUAACGCUCUCAAUAUGAGAAACCAAGCAUCUAAUCUUCUUUUCUUGGCCAUGAUAACUUGUGUUUUGUCUUUAGCGUUUUGUUUUGGGGUAAGUUUUAUUGAUAUAUACCCGUUGCAUAAAGAAAGUCUUACGUUGGUAAAGGAAGACAAGGAUAAUGCACCUUUCUAUAUACGUAUACGUGUAUCUAAAAAAGUACAUUUUCCUAGAUGGUUCCCAAUACACCUCUUUAAGUAAAUUUAAAAGUUGUAUGACUGCUAAAUCAGUGCCGGGUGACGGGACUCUUCAGCUUCGUUACUGCUUCUGUAAUGGGAAGUACUGUAACCUACUAUCACGCGUGUUUUUUUUUUCCCGUCUCCCAAACAAAAGCGAAAAAGGACCGCCUGAUCAAAGGUUAGGACUUUUGUAUCCAGAAUGAUAGUUUUUACCUGUCUGUAAGCUCAACCACAGUUCUACAAGCUUCAAGGAAGCACUGUUCUGCUUUUGUAAAUUAAAGUGGUUGCAUUUUACGUACCUAACAGCGCGAGCGUCUUUUCACUGAUGAAAGGUACAAAUCGCGCAAGAUGUUUUCACUUAUGAAAAAACAAGCAACCUCACUAGCAGCGAUUGUCAAAUCAUUAUCAACUGUCUUAUAUAAAUCUGUUUUAUUAUUUUAUCAUGACCAAUCCCGGCCAGUGUGUGGAAACUGCCUUGAUUGUGUCGCGAAUAUGGCCACCUCUAAACAUGAAAGCAAAUAUGAAUUAGAAAAUAAUUUGGAAAAAAACUGUGAUUUUUUUUUGUUGCGUCUGUGAUCACUUGUUCCAUUUGCUUUGAUUUUCGGAAAGAAGACCAAGAGGUUGCUCUCAAAAAAAUGCCCAGUAAGUUUUCCCUUUCAGUUUGCGAAACGUAAUCUAGACGCGGAUAUUUUAGCACGGCCCCAAAUGCAUUCUGCCGUUUUUUGCUCAUGGGAGAAAACGAGCAAUUCUCAACAAUUUAUGAGAUGAUAAACUGACGCCACGGUAUAUUCGCGUAUAAUUUUUCAAAGACAUUCAUUUUAGUUUGGUACUGGAUGCAUAAUUGUUGCGUUGUUUAUAUAGAGUGAAAAGAUUCUCUUCAGCUAACUGAAGCUUACGCGUAGAACAAAAACAACAGAAAAGAUAAAACGGCAUUUAUUGUUCUUAGUCUUAUGUUAAAAAUCUUAAUCUAUUUUAACUUAUAAUUUUUGUGCGUGUCAAAGACCCAAUGUCUGAUAACAUUAGAACUUGUGGUAAAAAGAUUUCACCGCGUUAGUUGAGGGGUUUCCGUGUUACGUGCACCACACACAAAAAGAAACAAUAACAUUUAUUAUAAUAGAGCGGACUUUCUCUGCUGGGAAUAAUGUGCCCACAUAGCUUUGUGUGCUGAGUUUUUCCCACGGUGUACUUUUGAGAAGUCAAAAUAACGAAACAUUAUUUGAAUAAAAAUUGCAAAUCCAUUAACUCCAUUAGCAUCGUCGUAACUAAAACGAGUAGUAAUUACUUUAUUUAUGUUUUGAAACUCUCACGAACUUGUUGAAGUUAACAAAUACUGUUGUCAUCGAAAGACAAAGCGAUCAUUUUACCUCCCUUCAGCUGUUAAUAUUUAUCGUUUUGCGUUGUGAUAGGUUGUUCAACUUAUUGUAGGCGAACUGUUCAUUGUAGAGUACAACGCGUGCAAAAAUAAAGAGUAAAGCAGCACCCAAACUUGAAGCUCAGAAUGAUGAUUAUUCUAACGGCUUCUAACCUGCGACUGGGAAGCGUUCGUCUGCCUGGGAAGCUACUGGGAGCAGAGCUGUCUCUCUAAGCUAGUGGAAUGCUGUUUCAAAGUAAUUUGAAAUAGACUGAAAAUAAAACUGGAAAGUUCGUUAGAUUCGCGAAAGAACGAAAAAUGGCAAAGUUGUAUUUUUCAUUAUAUAGAGAGUACUCUUUGGAAAUAGGCGAUCCUAGGUAGCAAGAUUUACAGGUCGCGUGUUAAAUAAUAUGAACCUAGUAUAUGGCUUUGCUCUGAGUGAAUCUUUCUGAGGCUUCACAAAUAAAUAGCCCACCUGGUGCUUAGGAUUUUAUAGAUGUUUGUACCCUGUUGGGAACUCGAAAUGUUCGUUUUUUCUGGCGCUAAUGACAUGACAUUAUUGGACGUUCCCUUUUAAAACGCGUGCCGUCCAAAUGGUGACUUGGGAUAGUUGGGUUUACCCCUCGAACACUAUUAUACUCAAACUUGUUCCCAGAGCUUUUCCUUUGUUCACAACUUAGGAGGUGUGGGACCUAGGAAAGAGGCUGUACCUCCCUGUUCGCAUAGUCAUUUUGUCACUGAUCAUUGAAAAUUCCGCAUGAACCAAGGUCCUUAUUAUUGCAUUUCAGCUAACCACGUCAGAUAUAGGCGAAGCCUGUAUCAGUUUUACCAGAUGAUUUCCUGUGCAACUAAUAAUAAUCCUCUCAAAUACAAUAAAUAUGGCUGCUUCUGCGGACUCGGAGGCCAAGGAACACCAGUGGACAACCUGGACAGGUGAACCUUUUUGGAGUAUCCAGUGCAUUUCUUUCAACGGGGGGGGGGGGCGGGGCGGGGGGGGGGCUUUCUUGUUUUCUGCAUCCACAUCAACAGCACUAUGAAUAAGGCCUAAUUAGAAAAAGCUAAUCUUAAUUGCGUGAAGUGUCACACGCUAUAUACGCCUGUCAGGACAGUCGAGUCGAACCGGUUCGAUUACAGAAAAUGCCCGCUGUUUUGGUGUUUUAUGCUGGAAGCUACAUUUUUAAUCAAUUUUAACUUUUGCUUGCAACUCCUCCUCGCCUAGCUCUGCAAUUGAGCAAGAGAGGUAGACUCUUAAAGCUUCCUUCUCGAUGUUAUCAGUAUAAAUUCAGACCGUUUUCUUUUUCAAUAUCUGAGGUGUUGUCAAAAGCACGAUUCAUGCUACAGACAGAUCAACCUGGACAAACGCUGCAGAUUCCCCUGGUACAUUUAUGUCAAAUCGUACGAAAGAAAGGAUUGUACAGGAUGUGGUAUGAUGUGGUAG